AUGGGAAGGGAGGCCUAAAGCCAGCAACAAAUUAUUCUCCAAUAAAAUAUUCAGUGGACAUUUUCUCUGCUGUUUUAUUCAACGUUAUAAUAUAAUUUGUGAAGUUUGUGCGUGGCUAUUUACUUGCUUUCAGCCUCUCGUUUUGGGUGUCGAUUCCUCGGGCCGCUCGGAAUUCGGAGGGCAAUUCGCAGCUUAGAACCAAGGAACGGGGACAAGGAGGAACAUAAUGGGUAUAAACAGUGAAGGAAACAACUCCGACAAUCCUGGGACGUCAUCAAGACAGCGAUUGCGGUGGUCAAAUGAUCUCCACGAACGGUUUGUGGAUGCCGUCGCACAACUAGGUGGACCAGAUAGAGCCACUCCUAAAGGUGUUCUCAAGGUCAUGGGUGUGCCUGGGUUAACAAUAUACCAUGUCAAAAGCCACUUGCAGAAAUACCGGCUUUCAAAGUAUCUCCCAGACUCUACAUCUGAUGGUAGUAACGUUGAGAAGGGAGAGCAAGAGGGCCAGUUGUCAACCAUUGACAACUCUUCGGGGAUGCAAAUAACAGAAGCUUUAAAGUUGCAGAUGGAGGUGCAAAAGCGGUUACACGAACAAUUAGAGGUCCAAAGACAGCUGCAGCUAAGGAUAGAAGCCCAAGGCAAAUACUUGAAGAAAAUAAUCGAAGAACAACAGAAGGUCAAUGGUGACGGCAAUAUCCCAACUCCAAUUCCAACCAAUAUAUGCCAUGACUCAGACAAGACUUACCCUUCAACCCCAGCUCCAACUUCUGAAGAAAAACCCACACGUGAUGACCAUGGGCUCUAUAACGGACAUUUGCACAAUGAAUCUGUCGCCUCUCAACAUGAGCCAUUGACUCCAGACUCCAGCGGACGCGAUGAUUCCCCCUUUAGGAGUCCACAGAAUGAGUACCCGAAUAAAAAGCAGAGGAGUGAGAAUUUUGUUCUCUCUCAUCAGAUUCUUGAAUCUAGUUCAAGCUCGGGUUUUCAGCAGCCAGGCUUGAUGUUUCCUGUUGUGGGGUCACAUUUUGAUUCUCCCUUUGGCAAUUGAUUGAGAAGUGAAUUAUUUCAAUUUUAAUUGUAAGAGAAAUGUUGUGCCUCUCGAAUCUAACCUCAAAGUAGAGAAAGAAUUCUCUUACUCUAUAACAGCAGACGAUGUUAGCAGCUUCUCCCGGGUAUUACUUCUGAUAUGUAGCAUGUGCUAAGAUAAUUAUAUCCUAUGAGCAUUUAGGGUGUUUGCGAGA